AUGCUCUUCCGGAGAUGGUCCUGGUUCUGGCUGUACAUGAGCACAGGUGUCAUUCUGGGAGAUGAACUGAGCAGCACUGAGCAACAUGAAAAAAUUAACUGCUAUCAACUGAAUAGACUUUCCUGCAGCUUCCGAGACGCAGAGAAGUAUUGCCGUGACCAAGGAGGACGCCUGGCCCACCCUUGGAACCCAAAGCUUCAGGCUCUCAUCCAACACUCCUUGAAAAAAGAAACAGUGUGGUGGGUCGGGGAAAACCAAAACCAAUCGAGAAAGCUUCAAGGGACAACCCAGCCAGGACAUGUCACUGGCUCCAGGGACUCAAAGCUUGGCCAGUGCCUCUCCAUGGUCACAAAUGCUAAAGAUGCCUUCCCAAGGAGAUACCAGUGCACAAAGAAGCAUCAUUUCAUCUGCCAGGCCGAUGUUCCUCCGUCAGCCUCUUGUCGACAUCGUGGUCCUCGUGAUCUUUCUGAGACACAGUGCUUUCACAUCGAGCCAGUUUCUUCAGUACGUCCCAAAGCCACACCAAAGAUGACUAUCCCAUCUCCAACCAGAAGCUCACAGGUGACAGCAGCCACACCCGCACCCAGCAGCCCGCCACAGGUGACAGCAGCCACACCUGCACCCAGCAGCCCACCACAGGUGACAGCAGCCACACCUGCUCCCAGCAGCCCACCACAGGUGACAGCAGCCACGCCUGCUCCCAGCAGCCCAACACAGGUGACAGCAGCCACACCUGCUUCCAGCAGCCCACCACAGGUCACAGCAGCCACACCUGCACCCAGCAGCCCACCACAGGUGACAGCAGCCACACCUGCACCCAGCAGCCCACCACAGGUGACAGCAGCCACGCCUGCUCCCAGCAGCCCACCACAGGUGACAGCAGCCACACCUGCACCCAGCAGCCCGCCACAGGUGACAGCAGCCACGCCUGCUCCCAGCAGCCCACCACAGGUGACAGCAGCCACGCCUGCUCCCAGCAGCCCAACACAGGUGACAGCAGCCACGCCUGCUCCCAGCAGCCCACCACAGGUCACAGCAGCCACACCUGCACCCAGCAGCCCACCACAGGUGACAGCAGCCACACCUGCACCCAGCAGCCCACCACAGGUGACAGCAGCCACGCCUGCUCCCAGCAGCCCAACACAGGUGACAGCAGCCACGCCUGCUCCCAGCAGCCCGCCACAGGUCACAGCAGCCACACCUGCACCCAGCAGCCCACCACAGGUGACAGCAGCCACACCUGCACCCAGCAGCCCACCACAGGUGACAGCAGCCACGCCUGCACCCAGCAGCCCGCCACAGGUGACAGCAGCCACACCUGCACCCAGCAGCCCACCACAGGUGACAGCAGCCACACCUGCACACAGCAGCCCACCACAGGUGACAGCAGCCACACCUGCUCCCAGCAGCCCGCCACAGGUCACAGCAGCCACACCUGCACCCAGCAGCCCACCACAGGUGACAGCAGCCACACCUGCACACAGCAGCCCACCACAGGUCACAGCAGCCACACCUGCACCCAGCAGCCCACCACAGGUGACAGUAGCCACACCUGCACCCAGCAGCCCGCCACAGGUGACAGCAGCCACACCUGCACCCAGCAGCCCACCACGGCCUGUGAUGACAGAGGUCUCCAUGCCUGAGUCCACAAUACCUGCUGGAAGAACUUUGGCAAACAUCACUUCAAGCCCAAAAGAAGACUCUUACCUGGGAAUCAUCUCCACCCAUCCACAGAUGUCAUUUCAGAGUGCAUCCCAUCAGGUCAUAGGUGACACAACAGAGAAGUUGAUGCCAACAAUGACUGCUUUGCAAGCUCACAGUGAAUUCCUGAAAGCUUGUACCAUUCUCCAGAGACUGCGAGAUUUCCCUCCACCAUCUCCCACAUCAGCUCAGGUCAGUGUGGCCAAUUUACUCGAGGACCUGAGUAAGCAGCUGCUGACGCUCCCGUUCCAGAAAAAUGACAGUUGGGGCUUCAAGCCUUCAGAAGUUAGCUGUCCCUUUCAUUCUUCGCUUGGAAGUAUAAUAACAAACCAGACCACUCAGCAGAUGAUUCAGCAAGACGCUGAGCAGGUUGAAGACAUGCUGGAGAUGUUCCUGAUGGCGCUGGGGGAGAUCCACAAGGCAUUUUGCCAACAGAGCCUGUGUCCUGAGCCGGCAGUGACCUUGACCUCUUCCACGGCUACUCUGGCAUUGAGCAGCCCAGAUGCGUCAUCUUUGCCUCUGAGCACGUACACUCUGGGGCAGCCUGCACCCUUGAGGUUAGGCUUCCCAUCAGCAGAAGCACUGAGGGAGCUCUUGAAUAAACACCCAGGAGUGAACCUUCAAGUAACAGGUCUGGCUUUCAACCCUUUUGAGACUUUGGAUGACAGGAACAUUGUUGGGAGCAUUGGAAACGUGCUGCUGAGCUCUGCCUACCGAUCGCUCCAAGUCCAAGACUUAAGAGAAAAUAUUGAGAUCGUGCUCUGGAGAAAUGCCAGCAUGGAGACCCAGCCUACCAGCCUCAACUCGAGUACAGAGCGGUUCAUGGUCACAGUGAAUGUCACUUCCUUGGAGAAAUCCCUCAUUGUGACCAUUGAGCCCGAAAGUCCCCUUCUAAUGACCCUCUCCCUGGGCUUCCAGGACCAGCCUGACCACACUCACUUCUACCUCAACAUCAGCCUUCCGAGGGGCCAUGUGUGGCAGAAAGAUGAGGAGUACACAUGGGUGCUGACACCAGAGAGCCUUCAGUAUGGGAUUGGCACCUACUACAUAAUGGCUGUGGAGAAUAAAAGUACAGAGACGACGCAGCACACACCUAUCCUGGUCUCAGUGAUAACAGCUGUCACCCAGUGCUACUUCUGGGACCGACACAACAGGACGUGGAAGAGCGAUGGAUGCCAAGUGGGGCCGCGGAGCACCAUUCUGAAGACACAGUGUCUCUGUAACCACCUGACCUUCUUCAGCAGUGACUUCUUCAUCGUGCCCAGGACGGUAGAUGUAGAAAAUACCAUCAAGCUGCUUCUUCGUGUGACCAACAACCCAGUUGGGGUGUCGUUGCUGGCCAGCCUUUUCGGAUUCUAUAUCCUCCUAGUCACAUGGGCGUGGAGGAAGGAUCGAGCGGAUAUGCAGAAGGUAAAGGUGACAAUCCUGGAUGACAAUGACCCCAGCUCUUCAUUUCACUACCUUAUCCAGGUCUACACCGGGUAUCGGAGGAGGGCCGCUACGACAGCCAAGGUCGUUAUCACCCUGUAUGGCUCAGAGGGGUGCAGCAAGCCCCACCACCUUUGUGACCCACAGAAGACAGUCUUUGAGCGUGGAGCACUAGACGUUUUCCUUCUCUCCACUGGCUCCUGGCUAGGGGACCUGCAUGGCCUUCGGCUGUGGCAUGACAAUUCCGGCGACAGCCCUUCUUGGUAUGUAAGCCAGGUGAUCGUCAGCGACAUGACUGUGAAGAAGAAAUGGCAUUUCCAGUGCAAUUGUUGGCUGGCUGUGGACUUGGGCAACUGUGAGCACGAUGUGGUCUUCACACCAGCCUCCAGGAGGGAGCUUACUUCCUUCAGACCCCUCUUUGCCUCCAUGAUCAUAGAAAAGUUCACCCAAGAUUAUCUGUGGCUCUCCAUUGCAACUCGACAUCCCUGGAACCAGUUUACGAGAGUCCAGCGGCUCUCUUGCUGCAUGACACUUCUUCUCUGUGACAUGGUCAUCAAUGUGAUGUUCUGGAAGAUGGGUGGCACCACUGCCAAGAAGAAUGAGCAAUUCGGUCCACUUCCUGUGACUUUGUCGGAGCUGCUCAUCAGCAUCCAGACUUCCAUCAUCCUCUUCCCUAUCCAUCUUCUCUUUGGGCGGCUCUUCCAGUUGAUUCACCCGCCGGAAACUCUGCCCCCACUUCCUCCCACCCAGGCUGCCUGCCCCUCCGGUCUUGUUUGUGAGGUGCCCUCUCUUACACAGGUGGUCAAGGAAUUAAAGGAAACUGUGGGAUUCCUGCUCAGGAGAAAUACACAUCUGCUCUCGGAGUGUGAACAGUCUUCGUGGCAUUCUUGUGACAUUAACAAGCUGUCGAAGCUUUUAUCCAGCCUCAUUUAUUGUCACUUAGACGAUCAAGGCUGUCACCAGCAGACGGAAUCCCACCAAGAAGGCGUUUCUGAAAACCACUACCAUUUCUGCCGCUACCUGCUCCAAGUUCUGCAGAGACUCAGACUGCACUUAGACGCCCUCGGUGCUGCGCAGGCCCACCAGCCCUGUGGCUUCUUGGAAGCAGUCAGGCAACUUCAAAACCUCCAGGAAGUCCUGCAGACCCAGAUUCUUCCCAGGGGGCAAGGACCAUGCAGGCACUCAACCAGUUUCCCCAUCCUAAGCCCGGAAGGAGGAAGGAAGGGCACGUCUUUCUGCCUGUUCCGGUGGUUGAAAUAUGGCUGCUGGCUCCUUCUAGGUGUCGUUAGCCUGGCGUCGGCAUUUUUUAUAACACUCUAUAGCUUGGAGUUGAACAAAGACCAGGCCAGCAGCUGGGUCACCUCGAUGGUGCUGUCGGUACUUCAGGAUGUCUUCGUCAGCCAGCCGGUAAAGGUGAUUGUCCUCUCAUUCCUGUUCUCACUCAUGGCGAACCAGAUCCCGUGGCUCAACAGAGACAAGGAACGACACGCCAAGAGAGUUGUAGCACUUUGGGCAAAGUGUUCUUCGUCAGCACCCGGUUUGAGAGAUAAGAAUAAUCCCAUCUAUACCGCCCCAGCAAUGAGCAGGCUAGCCAAGCACCCAAAGAGAGCCUGGAAGAAGCAGUUGAUCAAGAUGACGGGCGGUACUCUGGUGAAAAUCCUCUUCCUGACCUUGCUGAUGACCACUGUCUACUCUGCAAAUGACUCCAAUCGAUUUUUCCUCCAUCGAGCUAUCUGGAAGAGGCUCUCUCACCAUCUGUCGGAAGUCAAACUUGUGGAGGAUUUCUACCGCUGGGCCAACCGCACCCUCCUUCCUAACCUCUAUGGAGAUUACAGAGGAUUUAUUACUGACGGGAACUCCUUCCUUCUGGGCAAUGUUUUGCUUCGUCAGAUUCGCAUUUCUAAUGAUGUGCUCUUCCCGGUAUCUCUCCGUGACCAUGUGAAGUGGACUCCCCAAUGGCAGGAGGAUAGAGAGAAGUGUGCCGCUGGCUGGGCGCCCCUGGGUACAAACAUCACCACAGCGGACAGCAUUUGGCAUUAUCAGAGUCAAGAGUCACUGGGAGGCUAUCCAGCCGAAGGGGAAUUUGCCCCUUACUCAGGAGGCGGGUACGCUGUAAGACUUGGAAGAAACUCCAGCGCUGCAGCCCGAGUCCUGCAGCAUCUGGAGCAGGGGCGCUGGCUGGACCACUGCACGAAAGCCCUCUUUGUGGAACUCACGGUCUUCAAUGCUAAUGUCAAUCUGCUCUGUGUGGUGACCCUCAUUUUGGAAUCCAGUGGUGCGGGGACUUUCUUCACCUCCCUACGGCUGGACAGUUUAACUUGCCCUCAGUCAUCAGAGAGCGGCUCUGCCUGGAUCGCCUCCCAAGUCACCUACUGCCUACUCAUCUGUUACUACACCUUCAUACAGGGCUGUCGGCUGAAGCGGCAGAGGCUGGGGUUCUUCACUAGGAAAAGAAACAUUCUGGACACAAGCAUAAUCCUCAUUAGCUUCAGCAUCUUGGGGCUGAACAUGCAGCGCCUCUCUCUACUUCACAAAAACAUGCUGCAAUACCGCCGUGACCCGGACAGGUUCAUCAGUUUCUCUGAGGCACUCAAAGUGAGCUCAGCUGUCACUCACCUCAUGGGCUUCCUGGUUCUGUUGGCAACUGUGCAGCUGUGGGACCUACUGCGACAUCAUGCCCGGCUGCAGAUUAUCAGCAAGACCCUGAACAAGGCCUGGGAUGAGGUGGUGGGCUUUAUGCUGAUCAUCACGAUCCUGCUGAGCAGCUAUGCCAUGACCUUCAACCUGCUGUUUGGAUGGAGCAUCUCUGACUACCGGAGUUUCUUCAGCUCUGCAGUGACUCUUGUUAGCCUCUUGAUAGGAAUGUCUAAGCACAAGGAGGUUAUUGCUCUACACCCGAUCCUGGGCUCCUUUCUGGUCCUCACUAACAUCAUCUUGAUGGGACUUGUGACCAUUAACCUUUUUGUUUCUGCUAUUCUCAUUGUCUUUGGAAAAGAAAGGAAGGCCCUUAAGAAAGAAGCUACACUGGCAGAUAUGUUAUUACAAAAGCUCUCAAGUCUGUUAGGAAUCCGCCAGCACCAGAAUCCUUCACCUGAAAAACAUGCUGACUGCACUGGUUCCUCAAAUCUCCGGGAAAGAUCAUCGAAGUCUAUGUCUUCUGAUGCUGAGGUGCUGGCUCCAGCAGAUGCAGUCGGGAGUGUGUCUGGCACAGAUGGCAACUCUGGCAGUACAAAGGUGUUGUAAUUA